AUGACUCUAAUAGAAGAGAAUGUGUUCUUUCAGAUUACAAAGAAGGGAGAGCAAUCUCUUAGGAGGACAACUAGGACAAAAAUCAAGCGAUCCAUUGGAACUAGAAUUCAUGAAGAGCCGAGAGAACUGGAACCAACUGUGGUGUUAGAGCCAAGUGAGACUACACUGGCAUUGCUUGUUCAUGAGGAAAUGAAUGAGAAUGCCAACUUGUCACCACCGGAGGCAGUUCCACCAAACCCCAAUAGUGACCCAGCUCCAAAUGGAGACUUAGCCAGCUCCUAG